UUCCUUUAAAUAUCAAACAAAGAAGAAUUCGCUGUUGGCGGAAAGUGGAGAGGCGAGCACCUUGAGGGAAUUAGCGCAAUCUUUUUCCUACUGGGAUACAUCGACGGAUUUAGCUUCCGCCGCGACCAGGUUGUGCAAUAAUAUCCUCCACGGUAUUUCCAGCUGUGAGGCAGGAUUUGUCGAACCAAAACCGUGCUUAUUUUUCCCGCUAAAGAAGGGACCCAGCGAUCACGCCAGCUAGCCUCAGCAGCUAGCUAGCCCAUCCACUCGCACGCUACCACGUCCAUUGUGUGCUAGCUAGCAUGUCUAGCGGAGGCAUUAUCCGAGGACCCGCGGGGAGCAACGAUUGCCGCAUCUAUGUCGGCAACCUCCCGCCGGACAUCCGCUCCAAGGACGUCGAAGACCUUUUCUACAAGUACGGCUCCAUCCGCGACAUCGAUCUGAAAAACCGACGAGGCGGACCGCCGUUCGCCUUCGUGCAGUUCGAGGACCCGAGGGAUGCGGAUGAUGCAGUGUAUGGACGCGAUGGCUACGACUAUGACGGUUACAGACUACGUGUGGAAUUCCCACGAAGUGGCCGUGGCGGAGCAGCGGGUCCACCUAGGGGCAGAUACGGACCCCCGUCUCGGCGCUCCGAGUACAGGGUCAUUGUGUCGGGUCUCCCACCUAGUGGAAGUUGGCAAGACCUGAAGGACCACAUGCGAGAGGCUGGUGACGUGUGCUACGCUGACGUCAACCGCGAUGGCAGCGGUGUGGUGGAGUUUGUUCGCAAGGAGGACAUGACUUAUGCUGUUCACAAGUUGGACAACAGCAAGUUUCGUUCCCAUGAGGGGGAGACGGCGUACAUUCGCGUGAGGAUGGACGGCCACCGCAGCCCCAGUUACGACCGCUCCCGAAGCCGCAGUCGAAGCAAGAGCCGAUCGCGCAGCUACUCCCCCGCUCGCCGCGGACGGGCCUCACCGCGCUAUUCUCCGCGACGCUCCCGGUCUCGUUCCCGCUCUCGAUCCCGCACCUAGAUCUGCCGCCGCCCUGACUUAAUGGAGAGUGGCGCAUUGAGAGAAAAAGAAACCUCUGCGUCGGAUCACAUUGAUGAUGUAUUUCUCAUUAGCCCUGCUUUUUUUUCUUUUUGUGCUUUGUCGCCCCCAUUCCCUUUUCUUCCCCUUCACUGUGAGUUGGGUGUGUUGUUUUUUUUUUUUGUUUGUUUUUUUUUUUGUUUUUUUGUUUUUUUCCCCCUCCUGUUUUACUCACCUUCCCCCCACCUUCUGCCCUGCAUCUUUAAUGCUGCCGCGACUGCUGUUUUUUUUAUUUUUUUUGCUUCUCAAGCAUUAUGUCUGCUGAUCUUCUUGUGUGUCUCUCUAGAGAUCAGAGCAGCAGGAUAGGAUUGGAAGAAAAGGAAACAAUUCAAAUUAGGAUAAACAGGAGGAGGAGGAGGAGGAUACAAAUGUGGCACGCAAUGGUAUGAGUUGAUUGUGCCUUUACAAACAUUUAAUUGUGAGGCUGUUCACAUGUUUUUACACUUAAAAUGGCGCCCAUUGCUUCUCAAUACUAGGCCCCAACCCCCCCCCAAAAAAAUGCUUCUACGUCCAUUUUGUUCAUAGGAUGUGGCCUCCACUUUCUUUCGGUUAAGUUUCUUUGAAAUUUUUGCUCCUACCCGUUAAAGUGACAUCAAAAUGUAGACAUUUUUCAGUUCUUUGUGAAGGUGUGAUUCUAACUCCUUCUCUUUGGUUCUGCUGGUAUUCUGAAGGUUUGGACUGGGCUCAUUGUCACCCCAUCCGGAGCCGGAUCAGGAUUUAGGAUUUUUAGGCAUCAGGAUGGAUACAAGGAGCAGGAGCGUUGGAGCAUUGUUUUGUCCGUUUGUUUGUUUGUUGUUUGUACCAGGAGAAGCUCCCGCAUCCAACCUUUCAAGCUUUGUAGUUAAACUAAUUUGGCACUCUCCUCCAAAAAGCACAUUAGUGUUCAUUUUCUAUGUUCUGGCUGGAAAUUCAUAAUUAGUGGCAGUGUUGUGAUCUUCUUUUGUAUAUUUUUACUGCUCAAAAAGGAAGAGCUCGGAUCAAAACCACAAGGGGCUUCCAUGCGGUGGAGGGAGAGGGAAGUGGGAGGGAGGGGAGGAGUUGUG